AUGAGCUCCCAAAUCAAGGUUGAACCCCUCGUUGUCCCGAAAAGUUCGGACGUAAACUUUGGUGCGACAGUCACCAAUGUCGAUGUCGAGAAUCUGAGUGAUGCGGAUUUUGAUAUUCUCCGUGAUGCCUUGUUCACACAUCAAGUGCUCGUCUUGAGGAACCAGAGCCACGUUUCUCCCAAGGCCCAGUAUGAAGUUACGCAGCGCUUCGACCCAGAGGCCCAGGGUUCGUACGGCCAUGGCAAGACCCUUGAUGCCAAGCGUUCUGUUCUCCACCCUGAUUUGAAGACCAUCCCGCACCAGCCCCAAGUCCAGGUCAUCGGGAAUGGUUUCGUUCCCUCCUACGAAGGCCUGGAAAAUAUUCAGCUGCGCCAUCCGCACCACCGUACUUUCCACGAGACAGCCAUCCCCGAUGAGGACGACCUGGAUUACACCAGGUUCUACCGGUGGCAUAUCGACGCCGCUUUGUACGGUCUUGCUCCUCCCGUGGCGACGACGCUGCUGGCUGUUAAGGUCCCAUCCGGACGAACGCAAACGCUGAGGUACGACGACGGUUCCGGAGACGAGAUGCAGGUCCCCCUCGGCACAACAGCAUUCGUCAACGGAGAAACCAUGUACGAUAUUCUUUCAGAGGAAGAUAAGGAGCUUGCUCGCACCACCAAGGUCGAAUAUGCGCCGCAUCCGUACAUCUGGAUGUCCUCGGCCAAAUCCCGCCCCACCGGUCUUGGGCUGGUGUCUGAGGGCAAGGAACUCGACGAAUCCGAGCUACCUCUCAUCGACCCGGCCGCGAUUCAGAUCCUUCCGCUCUGCUGGAAGAACCCCGCAACCGGUCGCCUGGCCUUGCAGGUUCAUCCCUCCGCGGUGCGCAAAUUGCAUCUCGGGGACGGGACCGUGAUUGACGACCUCGAAAAGGUUCGUGAUUUUGUCUACCGCCUGCAGAGGCCCGGAAUCGCCCCCAAUCUCGUUUACGCUCACGACUGGGAGGAGGGCGACUUUGUAAUCUUCCACAACCGAGGUGUCCUUCACUCUGUCGUUGGGGCCUUUGCCGAGGACGAAGUUAGAUUGUUCCGGCAGUGCAACAUUGCAGGAAGCGAAAUGCCGGUUGGGGCUUGA